UUAUAAAUUCCAGAGUUUUUUUUAUUAAAAUAAUUUAUCAGAUUAAAAUGGAUAACAAACUGUUCUCGUAUAAUUCUCUUGUUCAGGCUAUCGCAGGAGCCUCGGGAAGUGUAUGUGCUCAAUUACUGACGAUGCCCCUGACGACAAGCUUUACAAGAGCUCAGUUAGAUUCUUCCCUAGUUGCAAAGGGACCUUUAGAGACAAUUAUCAGUAUACUAGAAAAGGAGGGCUUACAAGGGCUUUACAGGGGAUGUGAGGUCACAUGUAAAAGUGUAGCAGUGUCUAAUUUUGUAUAUUUCUAUAGGGGAUGUGAGGUCACAUGUAAAAGUGUAGCAGUCUCUAAUUUUGUCUAUUUCUACUUGUUCCAUGGCCUUAAAAACCAGUUAUCAACGGGGCCUCAAACACCAUUAAAGGAUCUUCUUAUUGCUUGUAUCGCAGGAAGCUUGAAUGUUCUAACAACAAAUCCUCUAUGGGUUGUAAGCACUAGGCUGAAAAUGGCAGGAAUUAACGAGGAUAAUCCAAGGUAUAAGGGAUUGUUGGAUGGGAUUAGACAAAUAUCAAGAAAAGAAGGAUUAGGAGCAUUGUGGAAUGGAACUAAGGCCUCCCUGCUGUUGGUUUCUAAUCCUGCAAUAAAGUUCACUGUCUACGAACUUCUUAAACGAAAAUUUUUCAAGGAUGGUUCGGUGGUUGGAGUAACCGCUUUUCUCCUGGGAGCACUUAGCACUGCUGUCUCCACCAUACUUACUUACCCACUACAGAUUUUACAGUCCAGAGCCAGGAACAGUUUAAAGAACUUGUCUCUCAGGCAAAUCCUGGUUCUCAUUUUAAGAGAGGAUGGAUUAGAAGGAUUGUUCCGAGGCCUUGACUCAAAGGAAAACUGCACAAACAAUAACAAAUAAUUUUUGUCUGAUCAUUGAAAGGGACAGUAAGGGUAAUAUUAAGCGAACCUUCGUAUAUAAUAGGCCUUUUCUGAUCAAUUAUGAAUUAGAUAUCAAUUUUUGUAAUUUUAUGUGAGAUUAUUUUUUAUUGUGAAUUCUUGUGACUUGCGCAUUUCUGCUACAGGAAAAAGUAUUGGAAUUACCAGAAUCAAACACUUUUAAUCUAAAAAGUAAAAAACGACAAUAUCAUAAUUGAUAAGAUAAACGGUAACGUUGUAUGUCAAUCGGGCAUUGUCUUCUUUUCAUCAUAGGAGGUCACUUUUAAUCAAGCGCACCACAGGCACUUUAUGAUCUUUUCCAUUUUUCUGAAACGUUGAUCUUUUUCAUAAAUAUUUCAUCAUGUUUGAUUUUAAUGGUCUUGUAUACACAAAAAUAUAUUUUAACAGCCUAAGAAUGAGAAACCAGCGAUAACUGCAGUGUAGUCAUAGUUAGUCCCGCCGUUUACCCGCGCUUGCUAGUAAAUUACGAUUUUAGCUAUUUUCCCAUAUAAAUGUGGACCCACUCAACUGAGAAUCUCAAGCUUAGAACAUUCCAGUGGUUCUCCCGAGUUCCACAAUCAAAAUUUGAAGCAAAUCGGUUCAUGAGUUAUGAUCGGACAAACAAACAAACA